CUUCAGCGCAAUCCCUGAAAAUCUUCGAGACAUUUGCUUCCGCGGGUAUAUAUACACGCGAUUAUGCCUCCCCUACCGCGUCCUUCAAGUACCAAUACGCGAAGAGCUAUGCGACCCCCUCCUCGACCCGUCCCUUCUCGAUCGCAAUCCGUGACCCCUUCUUUCAACGGGCGACAAUCUCCAGCUGGGUCCGUAACUUCGACGACAUCCUUUUCCCGAUCCAAAUCGCCGGCGACGCAGAUGGCCGGCUCGAAACGCAAAGAGCGCGAGUUUGACCAGGACUCGACCCAUGAGACCAACAUCAAUGUGGUGGUGCGAUGUCGUGGUCGCAACGAGCGCGAAGUGAAAGAGAAUAGCGGCGUAGUUGUGUCCACGGAUGGCAUCAAAGGGAAGUCGGUGGAGUUGUCGAUGGGACCGAGCGCACUGAGCAAUAAGACAUACCAUUUCGAUAAAGUUUUUUCGCCAGCAGCGGACCAAAUCAUGGUGUUUGACGAAGUGGUGGCACCCAUUCUAGAUGAGGUUUUGGACGGAUUCAACUGCACGAUCUUCGCAUAUGGCCAAACCGGAACUGGAAAGACGUACACAAUGUCAGGCGACAUCUCUGAUAUACUCCCUCUGCCCGAUGCAGCCGGUAUCAUCCCUAGGGCUCUCCAUUCCCUAUUCAAUAAACUGGACAGUGAUGAAGGCGACAAGUCCGUGAAAUGUUCAUUCAUUGAGCUGUACAACGAAGAACUGCGCGAUCUGCUCUCUGUGGAUGACAGAACGAAACUCAAGAUCUACGAAGAGAAUACGCGAAAGGGGCAUGCCGCCACUUUAGUCCAGGGCAUGGAGGAAAAAUUCAUCGAGAGCGCAUCGAAGGGUAUCGAAUUGCUUCGCGAAGGAAGCCACAAGCGCCAAGUUGCAGCUACCAAGUGCAACGAUCUCAGUUCAAGAAGUCACACGGUCUUCACGGUCACCGUGUACGUGAAGCGAUCAUCUGAAACCGGUGAAGAGUUGGUGAGCGCUGGAAAGCUGAAUUUGGUCGAUCUUGCAGGAAGCGAAAAUAUCCAGCGAUCUGGAGCUGAGAAUAAACGUGCAACUGAGGCGGGCCUGAUCAAUAAGAGUCUGCUGACUCUCGGUCGGGUUAUCAAUGCGCUUGUGGAUCGUGGCAGUCACAUUCCUUACAGAGAAUCCAAGCUCACACGGCUUUUACAAGACUCACUUGGCGGCCAGACGAAGACAUGCAUCAUAGCGACGUUGUCUCCCGCUAAGAGCAAUCUGGAGGAGACGAUUUCAUCACUUGAUUACGCAUUCCGGGCAAAGAAUAUCCGAAACAAACCGCAGGUCAACCAGGUGUUCUCCAAGAAAACUCUUCUCAAAGAGUUUACUGGCGAGAUCGAGAAGCUCAGGAGCGAACUCAUCGCAACCAGACAACGGAAUGGAGUCUAUCUUACUUCGGAAAUCUAUGAAGGGAUGACUAUAGAAAGCGAGUCUCGAAGAAUCCUUAGCGAGGAGCAGCGGGACAAAAUUGAGACAAUGGAGGUCAACCUCCGCAACAAAGUACAAGAGCUCUUUAGCCUCACAACCAACUUUAAUAAUCUCAAGAAAGACAAUGAGGCAUCCAAGGCCGUCCUGGAUGACACAAAGAACAUCUUGGAGAACACGGAGAUCGUGCUAGGCCAUACUCGACAGAGCCUGGCAGAAGAGAGGGUCAUCCGAAAUGCUCAUCAACACACCGAACUGGAGCUGGCAGGUAUAGGUGCAAGCAUGAUAGGUACCCUUGAGCGGACCACGGAGCAUAUCAAUGGGUUGGAUGCAAAACUACGGCGCCGAUCCGACCUUCACAACCUCAACAGGGAUACUUGGGCCAGUUCCCAAGACCUCGUUUCGCUGGGCGCUAGGAGCGUGGAGGAACUAGUAGGAAACUUCCGCGAAGAACAGGAUGGCUUGCUAAACGACCUUGCCGGUCGCAUGCGAGGCUUCGUGGCCGAUGAGAUUGCGAACCUGGAGAAGACGGAUGGCUUCAUUCAGGAGCAAUCGAAAUCAUUCCACGCCUCGACAAAAGAAGUCAUGGAUCAAACGGAACAGUCACGGUCUGACUUGAAUGCAGUUCUAGGAGACAUUGAAACCGUCCGAGAGGAUGCGAAGUCAAAACUCGGCUCGGGACUAGAUGAUCUCUCAAGAGCAUCACAGCGCAUCUCUGCCGGCAUCUUGACUGAAAUUGAUGGGUUCCAGACCCAACUCCACUCCUCGUACGCAUCGCUAGGGAAAGAUUUCCGAUUGGUCUUCGACGAAUUGUUGAAAACGCUUCAUGAGCAAGAGUCAACAAUCACCGAACUUCGGACCGAAAUAUCCGAGGCGAAUGCAAGGAUGCUAGCAUCGACCCAAGACCAAGAGACUCGGAUACAAGCGGCAUUCGAAUCCGAGAAGCAGAAGGCAUCUGAGGACAGGACAACACUUCUGGCGCAGAUCUCGUCACUGGUCGCAGCGAAUGCUACUGCGCAAGAGACGCGGUUCUCCGGAUUUCUGGGACAAUGGCAACGAUCUUUCGCAGCAUCUUCAAAGGAGUUCUCAGAAGCCAAUGCGGCCUAUGGUUCAGGAAUGGAUGCGUGGGCCGGCAAAUCUACGGGUCUGAUUCAGUCAAUGACUCAGGCUCGGGAUUCAGUGAAAGGCAAGAUAAAGGGAGACUUUGCGAAAGCGAACGAGCAUACGGAGACACUUCGAACGACCACCUCAGCGGUUCAUGACUCCACCUCCCGGAUUGUGGAAGAGCAGAAAGGCCACAUGGACUCGCAGUUACAGGCGCUCGACGGCAUUGUGGGCCGUAUCAAAGAGACGAACGACGCACACCACAAAUCUCACCUCACAUCACUCGAAAACCUUGCCUCAACCGCCGAGGUAUCCUACUCAAGCAUCGGCGCGCAUUUCAAAUCAUCCCUCGACACCGUCAAAGAUCUGGAUAGCGACAUGACCUCUCGAUUUGACACCGCCCGCGACACCCUUUCCCAAGUCUCGCCAUCCGGCCCCAUCAUCGACAAGCUCCAAGACCUCGCGUCGCAGAUCGAAGAUCGGCAGCUGGAAGAGUACAAACCCACCGGGAACACGCCCAAGCGGACGACCUACGAAUAUCCGGCCUCCCUCCCCCGAACCCAGAGCCAUGAUCUCCUCAUCGCCAGAGCACGAAGCCAAUCAUCCGAAUCUGCAGAUGGGACCGGUGCCAAGAGCCCCAACAAAGCUAAGAUCUUCGCCGACGCUGAUAGCUCUGCAGUGCCGGUGUCGCCGUCCGUGUCACGGCCGGCAACAAGCACGUCGACUAGCUCCUCAGGUUUGAAGGAGCUGGAUGUGAAUGUCGUCGGCAUGCCGACUGGGGGGGAUUCUAGUGCUGUGUCUGUGCCCGAUGCGCUUGGUAAACCUGCGCAGAAGAGACAGAACACGAACGCCGUUGGGAUGCAAGAGAAGCUGAGCUCGGAGAGCAAGUUGCCGAUGAAGCGGAAUACGCGGAUGACAGUCGUUGGCGUGGGACAUGGAGCGGAUCGGGAGAACGUGCCGCUUGUGCAGAAUUUGAGCGCCAGUGUUGGACACGCUGGGGUCGGAAGGAGGUUGAGGAGUCAAAAUUCCUCCUGAGUUGGGUAUUCAUUGCUUUGUUCUUAUCCUUGCUGGUGCGGUGGCGGAAUUGGAUAUCAUGAUAGAAUAGAUGUCCAGGCACGAGCACGAGUAUGACUAAUAUUUAAUCCUCGUACGUAUCGGUCAGA